AUGGACUGGCACUCUGCAAGGUGGCGAUCGCUGCUCUCAGUCAGGACCCGCUCUUCAGAGCAACACCAACAGGCGAAUGUGGGUUCCGGCUACACAUUCUUCUGGAGCGUUCGCCUAAAGGCAGGGAGAGACGACGCAGACGUCGACUUUGCCAUCCGAAACGACAUUUUGGCGCGAAUGUCUUGUCUGCCACAGGGCAUCAACGACCGACUGAUGCCUUUGCACCUGACUCUUCGGGGAUCAGAAUUCGCCACCGUCAUCAGCGCCUACGAUCUCCCAAUGACCAAUUUUGACGAAGAAAAGAAAAAAUGCUACGAGGAUCUGCAUGCCCUCCAGGACUGGUUUGACGAGAACGACACAGCCAUCAGCAAACUGCUCACUGGAAUGAACAGACUGCUUGUAGCCUACAUUGACCGCACGACUGGCGCGAACAAGGCUGCCUUCUACCGAUGUCACCACCCCAUUUAG